ACGGGGGACUGGCGGGGACGUGGGGCUGGUGGCCGCGGCCUCUGGUCUGGGAUGAGCCGCGCUCUCGGUGGAGGCAGGAGAGCUGAGCCGGAGCCAUGGCCGCUAUGUUUUGCAAGCCAUGAAGCAUAUGGAGCCUCAAGUAAAACAAGUUUUUCAAAGCCUACCAAAAUCUGCUUUCAGUGGUGGCUAUUACAGAGGUGGAUUUGAACCAAAAAUGACAAAACGGGAAGCAGCAUUAAUAUUAGGUGUAAGCCCUACUGCCAAUAAAGGAAAAAUAAGAGAUGCUCAUCGACGAAUUAUGCUUUUAAAUCAUCCAGACAAGGGAGGAUCUCCUUAUAUAGCAGCCAAAAUCAAUGAAGCUAAAGAUUUACUAGAAGGUCAAGCCAAAAAAUGAAGUAAAUGUUACAAUGAAUUUUAAGUUCUUAGCUGUUUAUGUAUAAAUACCAACUUUUUAAUAAAAUGCUUCAAAGCUAUAAAUCUUAAAAAUGAUUUAGCAUAAACUAAAAGCCUUUGGAUAAGAUUUUUUUGUUUAAAUUGAGCCCCAUAUGAGGGCUUUAGAUCAUUGUAAGUAAUUGAUGCAAAUAUAAAUCAGGCUAUUUGUAAAUCAUAAAAUUUGGACAUUAAUACUCAGUUAUGGAUAAACAAAUGCAAUUUGAGUAACAAUACUGUUCAUUACUCAUUAAAUUUU